AUGGACAUAAUUAAUCCUUGUACGGUUUGUACCUACUUGACUCCUCAGUUUAAGCAGAACUGUAGUUUCUCGGGACUAAAGUACGAUAUGAAGCGGAGUUACAAACCGGUUCACUGGUAUGGAGUUAUCUGGAAUACUGAAGAUGACUCCGGUUAUGAGAUACAGACAACCAAGUUCUUUAUGAUUGCAGUACACCACCACCCCACUGGACUGCUUAAGACAGCUAAAAGUGUUGGAUUUCAAUAUCCUACUACAUUAAGAUUAUUCCACAUCGGUUAUGUUCUAGGCGUAAUAUAUGGAUUCUUGUUCUCACUCAUCUUAACAGCGAGAGAAAACUACUACUCAGAUGCUAGUCUAAUCAGUAGCAUCGUACUUGGAGUUAUCAUCUCUGAGACAGGAUUAUUUAUCAGCUUUUUCUGGGGAGUAUAUACUACGAGUUGGACUACUGGUUUAGAUCUUGAAGGUCUUUGUUUACCGGAUCCAAGUUCUCUUGUGCUUUUCAUGACCAUCAUGUUAAGUGCAUUAAGUAUAGUGGUAUCCAGCGUAUAUUUGAAAAACCAACAUUUGUAUACAAGCUGUACGAAUAUCAUGACAUUCACUUUGGUAGUCGCCUUCUUAAUGUUAGUCUCAUAUUAUGCGGUGUUAAAAGUAAUCCCAUCCAAAACCGGUGGUUUGUUAGUAUUUAUGUCCUCUCUCAUUAACUUAGCUCUUUAUCUGAAAUUCGAGCUUUGA